GGCUACAGCGUUGCCCCACAUGCUUUACUCUCUGAUCAGCACGUUGAAUUCUAGCCUAUCAACACACAAUAGGAGAGAAAUCUUUGAACUCAGCUGUGACGGAAUCACAACGUUACUGGAUCAGAGCUGCAGCGCCGAUGACAUUGUCUACACGGCUCAAAGGCAGCUCUUUCCAUUUCGAACUGCAUUUCAAGCCAUCAAGAAUUCCACUGGAAUCUAUUCGUCGAAGUAGGGUGAGCACUGUAAGAAGAUACAGGUUGGUCGCAGGUGUUGAAGCGGACUAGUGUCGAGGAUCCUACCGGCACUGCCUCCACGCAGGAAUCCAGCGGCCAUGGUGAUGAAGUUGUAUGGCAUGAAGAACAUUUUCAAUGUGCAGCGCGCCAUUGUGCCGCUCUUCGAGGCGGGCACUGAAAAAGAACUGGAGUUGGUUCAUGUGAACUUGUUCACUCACGACAAUGACAAACCCAACUUCUUGGCGAAGCAUCCCUUUGGACUAAUUCCAUACCUCGAGGAUGGCGACGUCAAGAUCUAUGAGUCACGCGCCAUAGCGCGAUACAUAGCUGAGAAGUACGAAGGCCAAGGGGCGCCGAAUAUGGGCAGGACAUUGAAGGAAAGAGCAGCCAUCAACCAGUGGGUUGAGACGGAGGCCCACGUCUUGUACCCGCCUCUAGCGCCUAUGCUGAAGGAGCUAUACGUGGCCGGCGCCUUGAACCGCCCUCUGGACGAAGAGCUGGUGGCGUCUUGCACCGCGGCGCUGGUCAAGGUGUUGGACGUGUACGAGGCCCAUCUCGUAAAGGGCAGCAAGUAUCUCACCGGCGAUGAGUACAACUUUGCCGAUGCCUGCCACACCCCCUACUUGUACCAAGUGAAGAUUAUGAAGGCGGAGGUUCUUCGGCAUCACCCUUAUGUGUGGGCUUACACCGAUGCCAUCACCGAACGCCCAGGAUUUCAAAAGCUGUUGCAACUGGAUUGGGAUAACGCGCCAUCGCUGGAGUGAGCAAGUGAGCCCGAGUUCGUGCUUUCGCCAAGGACGAUGGAGGGCCGUUCCACACAGAAUCGCCCUCUUCUCCGCAUGCUUUUUCAUUCUCUUUUUGAAGUGCGUCGAUGUGUAUUCCACGUGGAGUUGUCUUCUCAUUUUGUGGUCAGGAUUUCAAUGUAAACGGUUAUACUUGGAUACAGAACACUUUAUACUUAGGGGACAAAGUGAGAGGACUCAACUUUUGAAUAUUUUUAUUGGUUUAAAUUAAGAAGGUUUCCUAGCUGGUCCUAUAUUUAGAUAAAUAAAUCCAAAGGUCCUCAAAAUAAUAAUAAUAAUAAUAAUAAUAAUAGUAAAUAAAAUAUUAAAAUGCUAUUUUUUCUACAGUAUUGUAUGUAGAGAUAAGAAAUUAAUUUUUUUACACUUCUCGUAAUUGGGACUUUUAGAGGCCUUGUCCUGUGGGAGAUGAAUUAACACAGAUUUCAAAAAAUGCGCCAAGAGAUAAAGCAUCCCACGAUAGCUAAAGGCAAAAAGAACAUUGAAAAAUACGAUAGUAAUUCACAUGUCUUCCUUCUUUAGCAAAGAAUAAUUUUCUCACCUUCUAAAUGAUAUUC